AUGCUUGGUCAGAAGGGCCGUGCAAAGGACCUGAUGAUUCGGAGGUACAGCAAAAGAGCUGCGGGGGUCUGCCGCCAGCUUGCUAACCCGCGGCUGAACGGCCGCUCGUGGCGGUCGGAGGACUGUUCCGUGUGCGUGCGUGUGCGAGAGCACUUCUUGCGUUUUUCAUUUGCCCUCUGCGUCGCGGCGGUUGAGGUUGGAAGCCACGCUGCGGGGUUCAAGUUGCGUGUUUCUGGAGGGGCAGCGGGCAGCGCCCGCCUCGCCCACUCCCAGCGCGCAGCACAUAAACCUGCACCAGCACCUGGAUUUUCAGACGUUAACUAUGCACCAGGAGAUCACGUCCCCUACGGCUACCCUCCGCACGCACCUGGGACUUACCAAGGUGUCACAGAUGCAGGAAGCUAUGGCUUCCAGGUACAGACCAUGGGAGUCCCAGCUGGAUUAGCUGUUCCAGCCAUCCAGAACCAGCCCAUUGUGAAGGACGGGACAAUCUGGAUGCCCGUCCCUCCUCCUCUUCCCAAUUGCCCUCCUGGACUGGAGUACCUCACACAGAUUGACCAGAUAUUAAUCCAUCAGCAAAUUGAACUCCUUGAGAUUUUGACUGGCUUUGAAACAAACAACAAAUAUGAAAUCAAGAAUACGCUGGGGCAAAGGGUGUACUUUGCAGCAGAGGACACUGACUGCUGUACCAGGAAUUGCUGUGGGCCAUCACGACCCUUCACUCUCCGGAUUAUAGACAACCUGGGCCAUGAGGUGAUAACGCUGCAGAGACCCCUCCGGUGUUCUUCGUGCUGCUUUCCCUGCUGCUUACAGGAGCUGGAAGUUCAGGCACCUCCAGGAACACCAGUUGGUUACGUUGUCCAGAACUGGCAUGCGUGCCUGCCAAAGUUUACCAUUCAAGAUGAAAAAAGAAUGGAUAUACUGAAAAUUACUGGCCCAUGUGUUGUCUGCAGCUGUUGUGAGGACAUUCAUUUCGAGGUGAAGUCUGUGGAUGAGACUUCUACUGUUGGGAGGAUUUCUAAGCAGUGGACUGGAUUUUUGAAAGAAGCCUUUACAGAUACAGAUAACUUUGGAAUCACAUUCCCAAUCGACCUUGAUGUAAAAAUGAAAGCUGUCAUGAUCGGUGCUUGCUUCCUUAUCGACUUCAUGUUUUUUGAGCAUGCUGGUGAUAACCAACAGCGAACAGGAGUUUGGCAAUGA